GUCGGGUUUGGAUUCUUCCGAAAAUUUCAUUAGGGUUUUCAGUAGGGUUUUACAUAUUUUCUCCCACUCGCUUUCUCCUCAUUUUUGCUCAGAAUUCACAGCACAAUCUCAAUGGCCAGCCACAGCAACUUCGAAACCAUAGAAAAGCAAAAGAGAAUCAAAGAAGAAUCCGAGGAAGACGAUGAAGAAACUGAACAAGAUUGGGAUGAUUGGAGAGAAGACGAUGAAGAAGGCUCAGAAUCAGGCUUUCUCUGUCUUUUCUGUGACGCGAAGUACAGUUCGUGCGAUGAAUUAUUUGAGCAUUGCCGUUCAAGUCACCAUUUUGAUUUUCACAGUAUUAGAACAGCUUUAAGUUUGGAUUUUUAUGGCUCCUUUAAGCUCAUCAAUUAUGUUCGCUCAAAGGUGGCAGAACAUAAAUGUUGGAGUUGUGGGUUUACUUGUCAGUCCAAACAAGAUCUACAGAAUCAUUUGCAUGCAACAAUCGAUGUCAAGGACAUUAAACUUCUCUGCGACGAUGAUAGAUAUCUGAAACCAGUCAUGCAAGAUGAUAAGCUCUUGUAUAGUUUUGGUGAUGAUGAAGGUGAAGAUGACUAUGACACGGCUUUUGACAAAGAGGAGCUUAUGAGGAAUUUGGGGAAUUUUGAAGAGAUUUGCAUCGAUGAUGAGAAUACUGGGAAGCAAUGUGCAUCAAGUAAUUUCUCUCUUACUGAAAAUGGAAAGAGAGAAGAUGCUUCUACUUCCAGUGUACAUCUAAAUGUGGCAAAUUCUUCUGAAAAAGUGAUAAACAAUGGCAUGGAUUUGAAAGCAUGUGUCGGGACAUCUUAUAUGAGGCCAAGAGAUAAGGAUUCAAGACUCUCUCUUGUGAAUCUUGCUGCAAAGGACAUAAAGAAAGUUAAUGAUAAUUAUUUCAGUUCUUACAGUUCAUUUGGCAUUCACAGGGAAAUGAUAAGUGAUAAGGUGAGAACGGAUGCUUAUAGACAAGCUAUUUUGGAAAACCCUUCUCUCCUGAAGGGUGGUCUUGUGAUGGAUGUAGGUUGUGGGACUGGCAUACUAAGUCUUUUUGCAGCUAAGGCAGGGGCUUCCAGAGUAAUUGCAGUUGAAGCUAGUGAGAAGAUGGCUGCUGUGGCAACUCAGAUUGCAAAAGAUAACGGCCUUUGGCGGAAUAGACCUCAAAGUGAAGGCAAUGAUAGCAACACCGGGAUAAUAGAGGUAGUUCAGGGAAUGGUUGAAGAAGUUGGUACAUUCAUACAAAUUCAACCUCAUAGUGUCGAUGUAUUAGUGAGUGAAUGGAUGGGCUACUGCCUACUUUAUGAGACAAUGCUCAGUUCUGUUCUUUUUGCCCGAGAUCAAUGGUUGAAGCCUGGAGGUGCUAUCCUCCCAGACACAGCAACUAUGUUUGUUGCAGGAUUUGGUAAAGGUGGUACCAGUCUUCCAUUCUGGGAAGAUGUUUAUGGUUUCAAUAUGUCUUGCGUAGGCAGAGAACUUGUUCAAGAUGCUGCUAAAAUUCCUAUUGUUGAUGUGGUAGAUGAUCGUGAUUUGGUGACCAAUGCUGCAGUUCUGAAGAACUUUGAUUUGGCAACAAUGGAACCCGAGGAAGUUGAUUUCACUGCAAGUGUUGAGUUGGAACCAGCAUCAGUUUGUUCAACAAGCAACUCCAUGGAAUUGAAAUCUACAACAACCUGGUGCCAUGGGGUGGUUUUAUGGUUUGAGACUGGAUUUACCAGCAGAUUCUGCAAAGAAAAGCCGGUUGUUUUGUCAACAUCGCCAUACACUGCCAAAACACACUGGGCACAGACUAUAUUCGCUUUCCAAGAACCCAUAGCAAUUGGAUCUGGAAACUCCAAUCCUUCAACAGCAGUUGGUACAGAUGCCUCUCCUGUGAAAAGAAUGCAUUUGCGCAUCAGCGUUGCCCGUGCUACUGAGCAUCGUAGCAUUGAUAUCUCCCUGGAAACAUCUGGAUAUGCUGCUGAUGGACGGAAACGUAGUUGGCCAGUACAAAUAUUUAAUCUAUCAUAGAGCAUUAUAAUGGAUCAAAAACAGAGGUCAUCCCCACUGGCAUAUUUUACUUUUUGCUUGAGUGAGGAUACGGUUUUGAUAAAUUUUGUAUGCUGAUUUUGAUCUAAUUUGAAUGGUCCCUUUAUGUUAACACUAUGAAUUAUUCUUUUAAUAUGCUUAUUGGAAACAAUAAUACUAUAUUUACAAUUUUGUGUAGAA